AUGAGGAGUAACAGUGACUUAAAAAGAUAUGGGCCCGAAAGAGUACGAUAUACAACAAGAGAUCGUUCUAGCAGCCAGCCUCGGAAUUACAAAUAUCAUGGUUUUACAAAGAAGCAACACUUCACCCUAAAAACCGAUAGCAGAUUAAAAAUCGAAGAAAAGAAGUGAACUACAGAAGGUUCUUAUAAUUCAAAGAAUAGAGGAAAAACAAAAACUCAGUACAAGAGAUAUACUAAGAAAGAAGAGUCUGAAAAAUCUUUCCUCUGAUCCAAGAAGAAGAGAACCAGAAACCAAGCAACUGCAAAAACUAGGCAAAAGAUCAGGCCAAUAAUCACAAAAAAUAGCCAAUCUCUCAUGAGCCCUUCUAUCAAAAAAGAUAACAAAUCCAGGAUGAGUUGUUUGAACCAUAUAGAAACCCCUCCAACUACAAAGAUUAAUUUUAACAAAUAUAAAUAAAUUCUCUGCCAAUGUUGAAUCAAAGGAGAAUGGCAAAAGCCUAGUAAACAAGGUUAAGCACAGCAAAGAAAUUCAUAGAAUGUCAAACUUAAAAUCUGAUCGGAAUAGCAUUCUAGAAAGGAAGUAUCCUAAACUUCUUAGAAGGGAACCUGAACAUUCAGAGUGAGAAGAAUGCUCUCAAAGAUCACGAAUAGAAAGAACCUAUAAUCAUUUGCUUCUUAAAUCCUGAGAUUCAAGAUUAGAAAAUGACAAUGGUUCCCUUCAGAUGGAUAGCGACCCAUUGAGGAUCCAUAAUACACUUAAUUAUAAAAGAAAAACGAUAGUAGAAGAUUUGGAAGGGGAAAAUGAUUGUUCAGAUAUUGGAUACUCAACAAGAAUAGGAAAUGAUGGCUAUAAUAAAUACUUAUCUUUUCUAAUGACAGAACUUGAAAAAAUUGUGAAAGAAAAGAGUGGGUAUAAAGAGAAGUAUAAAAAAGCAAAACAAAAAAUAAAGAGAAUGGAAGAAAGAAUAAGGAAUCUGAAAUCUAGUUGAGAGAAUGUAGUGGGGAGAUACAAUGAAAAGUUAGACCUAAACAAAAGACUUGCCAUUAGUAAUACUGAUUUAAGAGAGAAAAACUUAGAAUUAUCAUGUAGAAUAGAUAAUAGUAGCAACAGUGUCUCUCCAGAUCGAAAAAUGGUUAAAGAUAUUGAACAGCUUAAAUUAGCAAACAAGUGCUUAUUAAAGGAGAAUGAAAAGAAAGAUAAUGAAAUAGUAAAUCUAAAAAGCAAGAUGCAGAAUUUAGAAGAGAAACUUGAGAAAAUAAUUGCUGUAAUACAAGGUUCUUAAAUAAACUGAAAAACAUGAAGGAGGUAGCACUGCAAAGCAAUCACCUUCACUCAUAUUCUCCUCCUGCCCCACAUGAAGCUAUUUGCAGGCCUAGAUCUUGUGAUGGAAAGGCUUUAGUAAGGUAGAGGAGCCCAGUUUGGGUGAGGAAAGUGUUUAGCUUUGCAAAAGGCGGACCUAAAAAGUAGACUUAAUCAAUCUAUAUCAUUCUGAAACAACCUAUGUUUGCUUCGAUUGCUGUGUUAUCUUCUCAGCCUGGGUCUUGAUUCACUGAAAGAGGAUCUAUGUUAACUACACUUCUGCUAUUGGAGGGGUUAACCAAGGUUUUGAAGUUUGUACAUUUUCAUAUAGUCAUCCUUUCUCCAUUAUUAAUUAUUUAAUUUUUUAUUUUGUGGGUC